AAGCCUGGCCCUCUCUGCAUGUGGCAAAGCACAGACUUCCUGUUUCACCCACUGCCAUCUCCCUGCUGUUCUCUCAGUCUUCCAGGAGGGAUCCCUGGCCCAGCCCCUGGACCGGGAAAGGGGCAGGAGCAGGUGGCUGACCCAGCAUCCAGGAUGUUCACCAUGACCAGCGCCUUAGAAGAGGCUCUUCUCCAGCACUUCGUAUACCAGAAGCUGGAGAUUGCCUAUGCCAUAUACAAGCCAUUUCCCUUCCUCGAAGGCCUCCGAGACAGCUCCUUCAUCACGGAGACAAUAUACCGGGAAUCCAUGGAAGCCUGUAGAAACCAGGUCCCUGUACCCAGAGUGGUGUACAACAUCCUCACCCACCUGGAAAAGACCUCCAAUCUGUCAUUUCUGGAGAUGCUGUUCAGCCGAAUUAACCUGCGUGAAUACCCCAACCUGAUGAUGAUUCUCAAGGGCUUCAGAAGUGUUGUCAAUUCCUACGGAGGAUGGAACAGAGCUGCGCUGACCCUCCUCGAACCUCCAGCCAACCCAGGAGGAGGGCGCUCCCUCCCGACGCUGCUGCCGCUGCCCCCACCCCAGAGCCACCCACCCCAUGCUCCCAGUGUCACUGAGCCCAGCGCAUCCACACAGCACAGCACUGAGAUCACGGGCGAACCAUCCAGCCCUUCUGACCCUGCCGUGGCUCUCCCCAGAACCACCCAGGAAGGAAGGAUCACUCCAGAAGACUCACAAGAGAUACCCAGCACUGCCCCCGACACUGUGCAAGUGAUAACAGAUGACUCUCCUGAACCAAAUGACCCCAAAGAGCUCCAGGAGGCAUCCAGCACACCUCCCAACAAGAAAGGAAAGAAAAGAAAAAGAAGUAUCUGGUCAACUCCAAAAAAGAGACACCAGAAAAAAAGGCUCCCAAAAGGGAGAACCUCACCUCGGCACAGAAGCCAAGAGAAGCUCCAAGUGGUGGAUCAGGCAACUCAAAGGAAGGAUGAUUCACCCAGCAAGUCAAAUGUCAUGACAAGUGUCCAAAAGGCAAGCACCGAAUGUGCCCAAACCUCUGGACCAGAGGAAACCAGUGAUGACUCUUCAGCAAUGAAUGAAGAAAAGAGGCCCCAGGAGCCAUCCAGCACACCACCAAGCGUCCUGCGUGAUCCAACAAAUAAUGGAAAUAAACCAUCUUUGGGAAAAUCUCCUGGGGAAAAGCGAAAGAGGACAGAAAAAUACAACCCGCCAUCUUCAAAAAGAAGACAGGAAAACAAGCUCCCAAGAACCUCACCUCGGCACAGAAUCCAAAAGAAGCUCCAUGUGGUGGAUCAAACAACUGAAAGGAAGGAUGAUUCCACCAGGAACUCAAAGAUCAUGACAAGGGCUCAAAAGGCAAGGACUGAAUGUGUCCAAACCUCUGGACCAAAGGAAAAGAAAAGGGAAAAAAAUGUCAGUUCAAGUUCAACAAGAAGGUGUCAGAAAAAUAUUCUUCCAAAGGAACUUAGGGAAAGGAAAAUCCACGAAGGAGAUAGAAUGAAGAAUGAGCAACACUACACUCUUCUACUUUCAGAAAAAGCCAAAGAUGAAACUGUGGAUUUUCUCUCUCCUGAACUUCCUGUGACUUGUGGUGAAGCCAAAGGCAUUUUAUAUAAGGAGAAAUUGAAACAAGGAUCCUCAGAGAAGUGCAUUCGGAAUGAGGCGGGGGUCUGGUUCACACCAAAAGAAUUUGAAAUCGAAGGAAAACGGGCAAAUACAAGGAAAUGGAAGCAGUCUGUGCAUUGCAGAGGAAAGACCUUAGAAGAGCUGCUGAAGAAAGGACUUUUACUCUGUCCUCCAAGAAUAAGUGUCAAGAGAGAGUGGGAAAACUCCAAGGACUGUGAGGUGUGCCGUAGAGGGGGACCACUCGUCUGCUGUGACACUUGUCCAAGAGCCUUUCAUGAAGACUGUCACAUCCCGUCUGCAGAGGAGAGGAGCCCAUGGAGUUGCACCUUCUGCAAGAUAAAGGAGUCUUCGGGAAGGCAGCAGUGUCACGGGGAAUCUGAGGUCCUGGAGAGGCAGAUGCAGCCUGAGGAGCAGUUGAAAUGUGAGUUCCUCCUCUUGAAGGCCUACUGUCAUCCACAAAGCUCCUUUUUUGCAGAAACCCCACCUAAUAUUCGGGAUUAUGGAGAGCCCUUUAAGGAAGCCAUGUGGUUGGACCUGGUUAAGGAAAGGUUGACAGAGAAAGUGUACACAGUGGCGUGGUUUGUUCGCGACAUGCGCCUGAUCUUUCGCAACCAUAAAACGUUUUACAAGACUUCCGACUUUGGUCAGAUAGGACUGGACUUGGAGGCAGAAUUUGAAAAGGACCUCAAAGAGGUGUUUAUUUUUUGCAAAGCCAAGGAGAACAGCUUCCAGACUCUUUGACCCUGUUCUAGAAAGACUAAGGCACCCCAACUUCAGGAUCCAGAUGACGUGACCCUGGCCAUCUUUAGACAGUCAGUGAGUCUGGGAUGCUAUUGGUAGCCCUCUUGACUCAAAGCCAGAGCCUUCAUACCAUCAUCAUACCUUCUUUUUUGUUGUUGUUUCUUUCUACACCUAAAAGAAUGUGUGUGUGUGUGUGUGUGUGUGUGUGUGUGUGUGUGUGUUUUUAAACUACAUCUCUAAUCCCCAGCCAACACCACAGGCCUCUUCCUUGUCAAUAUGUCCAUCUCUCUUCUCCCACAGUUAUCUAUUCUCAUUUGCUCAACUAAACUACGAGGAUAAUAGCUUCAGAAUCUGUACAGUCCUACCACUAUGAAAAAGAAAUUAAGCUGAAUCCUAAAUUGUGUGGAAAUUAUUUUGCUCCUGUUUUAUAUGUAUAUUCUGUUAUAUAGUGUUUCUGUUAUAUAUAUGUGUGUGUGUGUGUAUAUAUAUAUAUAUAUAUUAUAUAUUUCAUAUAUCAUUGCAGAGAGUAUUUUUCAGAAUUUUGCUCCUGUGUUUAUGAAUGAGGUUGGUCCGUAAGCUUCUGUGUACUGUCAAAAUCAGAUGGCAGGGCUAUCCCAGCUUGGCACAAGAAUGCCUAAAAUUUUCUACCCUUUAUAUAAGCUCUGGAAUAGUUUAUAAUGUUUUAAAUGAACCAAUUCAUAAAAUUAUAUAGCCUACCAUUCUUUGUAGAGCUAAUAUUGACCAUGUUCUCUGCUUUUACGGGGUCAUUAAACUAUUCAGAUAUUC